CCUCCGCCGCUGCCGCCGGCCGCCCGCGGCCACCAUGAAGAAAGAGGUGUGCUCCGUGGCCUUCCUCAAGGCCGUGUUCGCCGAGUUCCUGGCCACCCUCAUCUUUGUCUUCUUUGGGCUGGGCUCUGCGCUCAAGUGGCCGUCGGCGCUGCCCUCCAUCCUACAGAUCGCCAUGGCCUUCGGCCUGGCCAUUGGCACCUUGGCUCAGGCCCUGGGACCGGUGAGCGGUGGCCACAUCAACCCGGCCAUCACCCUGGCCCUGCUCGUGGGCAACCAGAUCUCGCUGCUACGGGCCGUCUUUUACGUGGCGGCGCAGCUGGUGGGCGCCAUCGCGGGUGCGGGCAUCCUCUAUGGACUGGCACCGCUCAACGCCAGGGGCAACCUUGCCGUCAAUGCGCUCAACAACAAUACGACCCCCGGCCAGGCAGUGGUGGUGGAGCUCAUCCUGACAUUCCAGCUGGCGCUCUGCGUCUUCGCCUCCACCGACUCUCGCCGCACCAGCCCGGUGGGCUCCCCGGCCCUGUCCAUCGGCCUGUCUGUCACACUGGGCCACCUGGUGGGGAUCUACUUCACCGGCUGCUCCAUGAACCCAGCCCGCUCCUUCGGGCCUGCCGUGGUCAUGAAGCGCUUCAGCCCCUCUCACUGGGUCUUCUGGGUGGGCCCCAUUGUGGGGGCCGUCCUGGCCGCCAUCCUCUACUUCUACCUGCUGUUCCCCACCUCCUUGAGCCUCAGCGAGCGUGUGGCCGUGGUCAAGGGCACGUACGAGCCCGAGGAGGACUGGGAGGACCAUCGGGAGAAAACCUUGGAGCUGACCAGCCGCUGACCGGCAUCGGGCAGGGGGCGGCCCCUCCUCCCCAGGCACAUGGGGGAAACGGCAGAGCAGAGGUCUCCGUCUCCCACUGCUGGUCCUCCGGGCUGCGCAACAGGAACCUGUGGACAGGGCUCUAGGGGCUGGGGCUGGGGGCUGGGAGCUUAGAGGGACGGGGUCUCUCGGGGACAGGGCGCACUGUGCUGACACGAGGUGCCAAGCUCACAGAGGCCAGGCCUGGAAGCAAUGGGCUGCAGGCUGCGUUCCCCCCACCCAGCCCCCACCUGGAGCCAGAGGCAGCCCCCAAAUGGCCAGGGCAGACCCUCCCUCCUGGAGAUGCCUGGGAGGACUGGUGCCACCUUAUUUAUUUCUGGUCAGGGGUGCGA